CCAUUUCACUUUUCGUCCCAAUUUAAUCACUUUCCCUAUACCAAAAUUCCCAUUGCUUUUGCAUUUUUCCGUGACAGUUUUGUUGCUGUUGCUCCGUAAAGAAGAAAAUACAGGAGAUUAAUGGAAGUAGCAGAGGACGGGGGAAGAAGUGUCAGCCGGGUGGGAUCGCCAUCGUCUUCCUUUCGUUUACGAUCUCCAAGCUUAAACUCCCUUCGUAUGCACCGCAUUUUCGACAUAUUUGACAGGAACGGCGAUGGCAUGAUUACCGUAGAUGACCUCAACCAGUCACUUUCCCUUCUGGGUUUAGAAAUGGAUCUCUCCGAUCUAGACCUCACCGUUAAAUCCUUCGUCAAGUCCGGAAACAUGGGCCUCAAGUUCGAUGAUUUUGUGGAGUUGCAUCAGUCGCUAGACGAGACCCUUUUGGGGUUUGACAGUGGGGAGGAGGUGGUGACUCAGAGCACAUUAAAGAUGUUGCAGGAGUCCGAUUUGACAGAGGCGUUCAAGGUGUUCGACAAAGACGGAGACGGAUUCAUCUCAGCGCAGGAAUUGCAGGUGGUGUUGGGGAAGCUUGGGUUUCCGGAAGGGAGGGAGAUUAGUGAAGUUGAACAGAUGAUCAGCUCCGUAGACAUCAAUAAAGACGGUCGAGUGGAUUUCUCUGAAUUCAAAAACAUGAUGCAGAGCGUUCUCAUUCACAGUUCUUGACAUUCAUUCUUCCUCUGUUUUUGCUCUGUUUCUCUUCUUUUUAUUUUUGUCUUUUGUCUUUUGUUUUUUAUUUGUUUUAUUUUAUUUUUAAAUUUCUUACACCAUUCCUGGCUUGAUUUUAUAUUCCUAGGUCAAUAUAUGCUUUAUGAUUUG